CCCCCAUCUCUCUCUCUCUCUCUCCCUUAUAUACACAGUUAGAAUAGAAUACUGUUGUUACUGACUUACUGAGCUGUCCCUCUCUAUCUCUCUGAGACUAUCGUUUUCUUUGAAAGGAGGGCUCGUGAAGUGCAUGUGAAGCUUGGCGAGAGAUCCACGGACUUGAUGAUCGAAACGGGUCUCACUAUGCUUUGCUUUUUCUGAUUCAGGUGGUGUUUUGUGGUGGUUAAUGCUGCUUCUUGGGGGGUGGCAUUUGAGUUUGGUGCUUUCAAAGCUUGGUUCUUUUUGAGCUUGGUUUCUUGGGUUAAAGGUUUUGCGGUGCCUACUUUAUGGUUUUUGUUGGUGGGUUUUCUGCCUUCGAGUGAGAAAUGAUUCGUUUUGAAAGCUUUGUUGUACUUGGGGGGUAGUUUUCUAGUUUGGGGAGUUAUUGUUGGAAAUGGGGUUACGGGAUUUGGUAAUAAGUGCUGGGUUAUUGAUGGAGGAUCUCUAGAUGCUUGAAUUUCGGCAUUGCUGUGGGCUUUGAUAUGCCAUCAGUGAGAUAUAGUUGGUGGGUGUUCAGGAACUUUGUAAAGCUUGUACUGCCAUAAUUGCAAAGAUUGGCGACAGUUAUACAAUAAGAAAUGCUAUAUACUUUGAUUUGUUUCCUUAAUUUUAAAGAGAUCCUGCUAUUGGAUGCAUUGAUGUUCUGAUCAUGACCAGAGCUGUCCGUAAUAGGAUUCUUAAGGAUGCAAAUGGUGAUAUUAGUGAUCAUCUACGCAACCACAUACAUUUGACAAAUUGUAUUCACUUGAAGAAUCAUAUGCACAAGCAGAGCCCCAUAUUAGCCGAUAGGUCUAUUAUGAGGGACCUUGUCGUCCUUCAGAGAUCAAGAUCUCUCAGGGAUCCAUCUGCAAGUCCUCCCUCAUGGCAUUCUCCUUCCAUUAUUGAUCUACUCCCGAAGAAGGGUGAAAAUGAUGCCAUGAUUCGGGAGGGGAGAAGGUCUAUAGGUAUUGAGCGUCGGAGGGAAGCUAGGAGGAUGUCGGGAAGCUCACCACCCUUAGCUAAUUUAGCCACAUCAAAAGUUGCACCCGGUGAGGUUGGAGAGGUUAAUGAUGGGGUAGCGGCAAUCAGUGAACAUAGUUGCAAGAGUGGAGUUGGGAAUGGUAGAAGAGUUAGGAGAGAGGAAUCUAGUAGGAAGAGUAGUAGGAUUGAUGCUUUGCAUGGCAAUGAGGAGUCUCCACUUUGUCAAGAUGGUAAUGAUUGGGCUCAUAAUGUUGUUUCGGGAAAUUCUGAAUCUAAAGAUAGAUCGAGUAGAAAAAAGGGGAAGCAUAUUGGAGGUGUUCAACUUAAGACCCUCUCUGAGCAGUUGGAUAAUGUUCCAAUGAAUAGUGAUGAUGUAGCAUCUUCUAACAUCCGUCUUCGUGGAAGACAUUCUCAAUGGCAGAAAACUGUUGAGGAACCAGAAGCCAGCAUUCAUGGGUACUGCAGUGGGUUAAAUAGAGUUAACAGGCGCAAGUUUCGAGGCACAAGAAGAGCUCGAGGUGCUACGGCUUCAAGAGAUAGUGGAGCUCAGAAUGAAUUGUCUGUGGCAUCUAAUACAUUAGCUCAAGGUUCACGCCCCAAGUAUUCCAUGGAAAUGGGAGAAGAAGAGUAUGCUGAACCGAAUGUCACUAGGGCUCCAAAAAAUGGGUGUGGGAUUCCUUGGAAUUGGUCAAUAAUUCAUCACAGAGGUAAAACUAUUCUUGACAUGGCUGGAAGAAGUUUGUCUUGUGGUUUGUCAGACUCAAGGUUAAAGAAAGCGGGUUCAACUGCGAAUGGGCGAGAUAUGUCUAACAUGCCAAUGGUAUCCGACUACUCAAGCUCAUCUACAAGAUCUAAUGCAGAGGCAGUGCCUCUGCUAGUUGAGGCAUCUGGAUCUCAGGAAAGCACUGAAAAUGCUGGUUGGGUCCGCGAUUAUUCUGGUGAACUUGGUAUUUUUGCUGAUAAUUUAUACAAGCAUGAUGUUGAUUCUGACCUUGCUUCUGAAGCUAGAUCUGGUGAUCAACACAAGUUGAGAGGCUACCGCAAUAGCAGACACAAGAGCCUGACACAAAAGUACAUGCCGAGAACCUUCAGGGAUCUGGUGGGACAAAAUUUAGUAGCACAAGCUCUUCUAAAUGCUGUCAUGAAAAGGAAGGUUGGUUUGCUAUAUGUGUUUUAUGGACCUCAUGGCACAGGUAAAACUUCCUGUGCCCGUAUGUUCGCUAGAGCUUUAAAUUGCCAGUCUUUGGAACAUCCUAAACCUUGUGGCUUUUGCAAUUCUUGCAUUGCACAUGAUAUGGGUAAGAACAGAAACAUAAGGGAAGUUGGUCCAGUCAGUAAUUUUGACUUUGAGAGCAUUAUGGAUUUACUUGACAAUAUGAUUGUCUCCCAGCAGCCAUCACAGUUUAGAGUGUUUAUCUUUGAUGACUGUGAUACUUUGUCCCCUGAUUGCUGGAGUGCCAUAUCAAAGGUCAUUGAUCGAGCUCCCAGACGUGUGGUUUUUGUCCUUGUCAGUUCAAGUCUUGAUGUUUUGCCUCAUAUAAUCAUAUCCAGGUGCCAGAAGUUCUUUUUUCCAAAGCUGAAGGACGCUGAUAUUAUUUAUACUUUGCAAUGGAUUGCAAGCAAAGAAGAUCUAGAAAUUGAUAAGGAUGCACUAAAACUUAUCGCAUCAAGAUCAGAUGGAUCAUUGAGGGAUGCUGAGAUGACUCUUGAGCAACUGAGUUUACUUGGGCAGAGAAUCUCUGUCCCUCUGGUUCAGGAACUGGUUGGGCUUAUCUCAGAUGAGAAAUUGGUAGAUCUUCUUGAUUUAGCACUCUCUGCAGACACAGUUAAUACGGUGAAGAAUUUGAGAGUAAUAAUGGAAACUGGUGUAGAGCCAUUAGCUUUGAUGUCACAGCUUGCUACAGUAAUUACCGAUAUACUUGCUGGUAGUUAUGACUUCAAAAAAGAAAGGCUUAGAAGGAAGUUCUUCCGACGACAACCAUUAUCCAAAGAAGAUAUGGAAAAACUGCGUCAAGCUCUGAAAACUUUAUCUGAGGCUGAAAAACAACUGAGGAUGUCAAAUGACAAAUUAACAUGGCUAACUGCUGCAUUGCUUCAACUUGCUCCAGAUCAGCAGUACAUGUUACCCACUUCUUCAGACAAUAGUUUUAAUCACAGUCCCCUGGCCCUAAAUAAUGCGGGUGGAAGGGAUUCAGCCAGAAGAGUAGGUGAGCAUUCUGGGAUGGCCAAUAAAGAGAGAACCUUGUCAGCAAACGCCAGAAAAGAAAAUUUCCAUGCGGGAAGUUCUGCUGAUUUCUCUGGAAAUGGCACACAUAAGGGUAUUAGUUUAGAGAAAAAAAGACAUGUUGGGACUUGUAUGGUUCAUCAACAGACAUCUGCGUACGCUGCUGAUAUGACUAAGGUUAGUGGCCGGCAGAUUUCUGGUAAAAGCCGUAGAGGAAUUGAAGAUAUCUGGUGGGAGGUGCUUGAGAAAAUUCAAAUUAAUGGCGUAAAGGAGUUUUUGUAUCAAGAAGGGAAGCUGAUCUCUGUCAGCCUUGGAGCAGCCCCUACUGUGCAGUUGGUGUUCAGUUCACACCAGACAAAAUUGACUGCAGAGAAGCUUGGGGGGCAUAUCUUAGAAGCAUUUGAGACCGCUCUUGGGUCCCCAGUGACGAUUGAAAUAAGAUGUGAAUCAAAGAAAGAUUCAGGAUCAGGUGUACAUGUGCCUCUUGUCUUACCACCUUCAAAGGACGGUUCAUCUCAAAUUAGAGAUACAAAUGGGGCCAGCACCCAAGCUCAGAUCUUGCAGUCUGACAAUCUUGGAAUGGGAAGGAGUGAAAUUGUAGAAGUAGCAGCUUCUUCCAGGGAACCCAAGGGUAAUGAGCAUGUUGAUAAUCAUGCAGUGUCUGAUAAAAGUGGCUUGGGAGGUUCCCAGGUGGGAGAAGGAACAGUUUCUUCUUCUAAGCAAUCAACCAUGGCUUCACUCCCAGAAAGAAGAAAGCUUGGGGAACAAAGUCAGAGCCAGAGCCUUGUCAGAAGCAAGGUGUCCCUUGCACAUGUAAUUCAGCAGGCAGAAGGAUGUACACAGCGAAGUGGAUGGUCAAAACGCAAAGCAGUUUCUAUUGCUGAAAAGCUCGAACAAGAGAAUUUGAGAUUGGAACCAAGAUCGAGAAGCUUACUUUGCUGGAAAGCAACUAGAGUAACUCGUCGGAAGCUUUCACGUUUGAAAAUUAGGACACGGAAACCACAUUCGUUGCUGAAGCUUGUCUCCUGUGGAAAGUGUCUCUCAGCUAAAUCUCCAAGGUAAUACAAGAAAAGAAUGGCUUAGAAGAGUGAUUGUACGACCUCAUUUGCAUUACUUGUAUUUAGCAUUUUUCCUUCAGUUUACUAGGUUAAUUUAAUCUUCAAAUGAUUUUUCAUUGAAUAAAAGUAUGAUUUAGAUCUGAUGCGAAAAUGUAGGAAACAAAUUAGAUUGUGCAGCCUCUAUUAAUGAUAUAAUUUUUUUAUGAGCUACAAUUUAUAUU